AUGGACCCACCUCGUACUCACCUUAUUCUACCGACGAACGCUACGAGCGCAGCCAAUCCACUCGCCGCUACUACUCCAACUGCCAUCGCUCACGAUACAGUAAUACAAACAAAUCGUGAAGGUGACCCACUUGAAUACACAGAAAUUAUUACAAAAGAAAACGAUUCUAAACCAAAAUCUUCAUCAACAGAGAUGACAACAAAAAAGACAACAACAACAACUACAACAACUACUGAAGAACCUACAUCAAAAGAAUAUGUAGUAAAAGAAGCAGAUGUAUUUAAACCGUUAGCUGUAGUUUCUGAUACUACACCAGUCAAUAGUGUCAAUAAUCAAAUCGUUGGUACAACAGCAUCGGGCAGUUUAACUACACCAGGCAAAAUUGUAGGCGAUAUGGAGACUAUCGUUGCAGAACAUCAAAAGGCUGCUAUAGUUGAACCAGUAUCAAAAAAAGUUACUACAACUGAAACAACAGAAACAACGAAAUGA